ACGGUACGGCAGUAGUAGUACAAUGGCGGGCCCACGGAAAGUUUCCGCCGUUCAGUAUGUUGCCAAAAUCUUGACCGUGUUCAUUGUUUUAGCAUCCAAAUCGUCUGCCAUCAAGAUAUCGUUUGCGACCCAACAAAAUGGAGGCACGGACCCCCCUGUUCAUAUCAAUCUCCACCUCCAUUUAGACGGAAACAAGGUAGUAGCGGCUCCCAAUCAACUCCACGUCAACCAUCAACAGGUCCAGUGCGGCUCCCCACCAAAGAACCUCCCCAGAGGUCCGGCCAUAGAUAUCGACGCGACACCGAUAACUGCCCACGAGCUGCAGAAAUGGCUGAGCGAGUUUGAGAAGAUGUCUGCGGAAGGAGCAGAAGGAGUCCGGCAUACUAUCUUGGUGGCUUCUCAAGGAGUUGCUCUAGAUGGCAUAUCUCUUCUCCCAGGUUGCGUCGAGGGGCAGGCUGGAGAUCCAAUGGGAAUUAGUGAUGAUGACAAGGCAAGCCUCCUGGGUUUAUGUGGGGCUCAACUACCUGAGUUAGAUGGACUAGGGGCUAACAACCAAAUUGAAAUCAGUCAAGUUAAGAUUUAUGCAGGGGUACUCCACAAGAAUAAUAUGGUCCCAUUUGCAACUGGAGAUGAAGACAAGGACUAUAAGCUAGGCUUCUCCAUUGUCCUGUUGAAUACUGGACGUGAAGAAAUGGCCCUUGACAUGAUAUCUGCCCUCAUCAAACAAGACCCUAAGUUCAUAGGGGCGUACCAUGCAAGAGCAGUGGCAUAUUCCAGAAGAGGCAUGCAGCACCCUUUGAAUGCUGCACUGGCUAUCCAAGACUUCACCAGGGCUAUUGAGCUGGAUCCAAGGAACCCAAUAGGAUGGGAAAAGAGAGCAGAGGUUUUUUCGACACAAGGGAGGAAUAGAGAGGCAUAUGGAGAUAUAUCGAAAGCAAUUGAUUUGAGGCCGACUGCCAAACUGUAUAAGUACCGUGGAUACAUGAUGUUUAAAGAGGAGAAAUAUGUGGCAGCAACGAAGGACUUGAUGGAAUCUGUUAAAGAAGAUAAGACACAGGUUGAUGUCAUGCAUCUACUGGCAAUAUCCCUGUAUCAUCAAGGCAAACUGCAUGAAUCCAUAAGGAUUUUCAAGAAAGCCCUAGAAAUAAAGCCUGAUUAUGUUGAUGUAUUAAGGAGCCUAGCUCGUGCAUACAGAGAGCUGGGGGAUUAUGAAAAUUCCUUGGAUAGUUUCAACAAGGCACUUCACUACAGCCCACAUCAUGUCCAGUCAAUACAGCUGAGAGGUUCACUGCACUACCACACAGGCAAACCUAGGGAGGCACUCAGUGACUUCCAGUUUUGCCUUGGUUUGGAUCCUACCAACGAGGUUUGUCGCUAUAUGAAAGGCGCGUGCCUGGUUUCCAUGGGGCAGUACUACGAUGCUGUGAGAACCGUUACCAAACUCAUGAUACAGCAUGACAUCACUGCCGGCUAUCUGGAGUAUGAGAAGGUCAAAUAUAUCAGAGAAUUGUCCAGAUACCUGCAUGCUCACUUGGACACCCCUUUCAGUGAAUAUAGUAUGGACCAAGAUCUAGAUGGCACAAUGAAAGACAGAUGGGUCAAGAAUCUUCCAUUCCAGUCAGAGGGGUACAAAGAAAUGCCUGGCUUGACCCCAGAUAUAAGUGACGUAGACCAUCUAGAAUUCCAUGACCUAUUACCCUCGGUACGCACUCUGAUCUGCCGUGCCGCCACGAUCGGGCGACUGUCGCAGUAUGACGCAGACGGCUUCCUGCCUAACAAGCGCAUGCAGCUUGCCCUUGGGCUGGGGUCCCUGGAGGUAGCCCAGACCAUGCAGCUUUACUGGAAACAUGGAAGAAACUUCCGGAAUGGCAAUGGAAAGAGGUUUGGAUGGAGGGAUAUGAUGGAUAUAGCUGUCAAGUGGAGAAGGUAUGUUGAUCCUGACCAACCGGUUUUAUGGUUAGAGCAGAUGCCUUCAUCAAGCUACCAAGCAGGAUACAACAGUCACAUGAACAUAGUACGAGGCCAGCUUCUUGAUAUACGCUAUGCUAGCUACUUUGAUACAGUCUUCAAUCUUACCAAAAGAAUGAUUUAUCAGCACAGUUUAUUAAAAAGAGAUCGAGGAGAGGAGAGAUUGUUGGCUAAUCUUGACAAAGUGGCAUCGUGUGAGGGUCUGCUAUUCCUCGUGAACAAGCUCAAGAUGUCUAACGACAAACUCCCAGGGUUUAUGAUUUCAACGCGGCUAGACAGCUUUCAAAAUAGAAAUGCUAAACUGGAAGGCGCUGUAUUUUCUCUGAGUGGGGAAGUGGCUGCUAAUAUAAUGUUUUCCAUCGACACGAUGACGACCAAACAACGGACGGAACAUUACCACACUGAGAUAGACUUCAUCUGGGCUCUCCUCUCUGAUGAGAUGCAUCACAGGAAAGGAGGGCCAGGAUCCUCCAAAGAAAUGGAUCAUGAGUCUAUUAUCAAUCUGGUGCUGUCCAUGAUUUACUAUGUGUACAACCUCAUGCCUAUAUCAAGAGGCUCAAGUUCCAUGGCGUACACCAUUGUACUUGGCGUGGUGAUGGCCUUGGGUCGUGAGGUCACUAACCAGAUACCAAAGGGCAAGCUGGUGGAGAUAGAGGCUCUACUCUCUGGUACCCCUCAGACGUUUGCUUCUUGGGGUCAAAGUUGGAUGAAUAUCAAAAGGUCUUCCUUCAAUCUUGCAGACGUACCCCAGGUAUCAGAAGCUAUCCCCACCCUACGUUCCAUGUUAGAAGCCCUCAACGUAGGAGCAAGCUUCUGCAGUGCAGGUGGGCAUUAGAUGUGCCCGUUCACGAAGAAGAAAGAAUUGAAAUAAUCAUUUUCAACUAGUUCACACCUGCUUUGUAAUAGAGGAUUUAUUCAUGAGGAAAAUGUCCCUAUAAAAAGUUAAUACUCAACUCAAGAAAUCAUAAUCUCCAAUGCGAAUUAAAGGAAAAAGAGAAGUAGUCUGUCUGUAACAAUAUUUAUAAGCUCUUUUAUGUCAUAUGUUCAGGGAUAUUUCCAAUGACAAGAUUUCAGAUCUUCACUUCUUGCUUUGUAGUAAGAUUUUUGUUAUCAUGGUAUGAUUUCAACAUCUUAAUUAAGGAUACAAAUGUACGUUAAAAAUUGAACAACACCUUUAAAGAUAUUUAUCACCUGAAAUAUAAUUUGUUGUAUUUAAUUAUCUGAUUUAUAUCAUAGGACCUUGACAUAAAAGAAUAUAAUUCAAUAUGUUUGUAUUUAAAUGAUUUUGAUAAAAUUAGAGGCAGGUGUAGAGAGGUUGAAAUGGGGUACAGUGUGUAUGGAUUAACAAGCUUUUAGAAUAGACAAGUGCAAUUUCCUGGCUCAUAUUUUUUUAUAUAAAUAUUUGUUUAAUUGAAAAGUACAAAGUUGUCAAGCUGAAGGCCUUGAUUUUAUUUCAGAGGUAUUUCUUGUUUUUAUCAAAGUAUGUAUUUUUGUUUUGAGCUUAAUCGUAAGGUGGAGGGUUCUAUUCUAUAGUUAGAAAUUGAGGUUGCCAGAGUCUUUCCUAUAACUUGAAGGAUAUAGUAGGUGCUAUUUCAUUUUGUUGCUAUCAGUUCCAAACAUACUUGCCAAGUAGAUUAUGACAAAAAUAUCUUGCUUAAAUACAUCUGUAUUUUUUUAGAUUGAAAUAUCACAAAUCUAAUUAAAAUACCCUGAAAUUAUGAUAUCAUUUCAUAAGACAUUGCUCACUGUUUUAAAUGGGCUUUAGAAAAUAGAAGCAGUAUGUAGGGAUCAUGAAAUACUUGUAUUGUACAAUUCUUUGAGAUAAAGAAAGAUAAGGGAAUUUGUACUUCCAUGAAACAAUGAAAAGGAAUUCACAGGAAGGUCAAUAUGUUGAUCACUUGAAAACAUGAUGAACGUAUAUUAAUGAAAAUUGAGCAAUUCUUUUGUUUGACAUCUCUUAUUGAUUACUGAGUAAAGGAUAAAUGAAAACAAAACUGAAAUACUGAAGAGGACGGUUUCUUUUAUUGCUCUAAAAUCCUUGAAUUUGAAUAGAUUUUACUUCAUGAUAAAACCUUGGUAGAUUCUAAAUUUUAAAGUAUAACGAUAUAGCUCGUAGUUUAUUCAGCAAUACGGCAAUACAUCUCAUCUCAUAGACGACACAACUCAAUUUAAAAAAAUUAUAUAUCCUAGUCAUUCUAUAAAUGCGAGUUGGAUUUUAGAAGUUGUGCCUCAAAACAGUCCAUAUCAUAUGUUGAACUCGCAAAAUGAUUGCAAUAGUGACAGAUUUACAUGUAUGAACUGAAUAUGAACAAAUAGUCUGUGACAGGGUCAAGGGCAAGGGAAUGUCUUAUAAAAGGCCUUUUAAAUAAAGUUGGAAAAUACUUUAUGUAAGACCAGGAUUUUUUAACGUACAGUUUAAAGUUAGAAACAUAUUAAGUAUGUGUAUUUUCAAAUCCAGCUAUCUCACUGAAGAAUUCUAUUUUGUAAGCACAUCUUAGAAAGAUUUACAAUGUUUUAAAAUUAUUUGAAGUUUAGUCUCAAAAUCUGUUUUGCUCAAAAUUUCCAGCUGUUUUAAAAAUAUGAUGACAUGUUUUUAUAAGACUUAUGCUUCCAUUCUUUUGAGCUCUCAUGAUGUCUUUUCAAGUAGGAACGACCUCUGUCAUUACCCAAAAGAGAAAGUGCAAUAUUCAUGUUUGGAUCAUGUGUAAUGGCAUGUUCCUGUAUUAACUCCAUACAACUGAUCUUUCAAACUGACUGUGGUGUGUGUAAUCGGUGAAAUCUAUCAUUAAAUUGUUCCAUGAUUUGGGAAUAUUUCACUCUAGUUCAAAUUCCAAUCAUGACUUCAUUUUGCUUCCAUUGGAACAUUAGAAUUAUUAUUGAAUCAUGUGUUGAUCGAUUUACCCAUUGUGUCAGACAAAUGAUCAGGUUUGUAGAGUGUUUCUUGAAGAAUUGAAAAGUUAGACCUGUACAAGUCUUUAAACUUUCACUAUGGAUUAUCUAUACAUGUGUGAUAUUCACCUGAAAAGGUAUUGAAAGAAUCAUGUGACUUCGCCAAAAGUUGAAAUAUUCUUCCGACUUGGUUGCCAUCAUUAUUUUAUAAGUGCUAUAUUUAAAGACUGUAUUUCUUGCCCAUUAUUGAUAACAAAGCUCUUACAAAGAGAUUAUUCUAAAUAUAUUUCUUUAUUUAAACUCCUGCUGAGUGAUGAAUUAUCAUUUUCAACUGUUAAAUCAGUAAUGAUUGAUGUAAAAUUUAAUAUGACGAUUGCCAAACAGAUAAUUGACCGAGUGAAAAGCUCUUUAAAAAUAUGUAAUCAAUUUUUGUUAAUUAGAAUAAUCAAAUGGUGGCUUUAUAGCUAUCAUGUCACACACAUAUUUAAUCAUCUUGUUUCUAAUACAGGUGCUUAUGGUGAAGCACCAUUUUUCUUCCAGAUUGAUAAUGGGUAUUCUAAAAACUCUUGCCAUUCCAGUUUACUCUCUUCCUUGCACAAAUUCACUUGCAUACGGUAUAUCUUAGACGAGGGUUGUUGAUUAAUCUGAAAGGAGGAUAGAAGGAGUAAUGUACCUGGAUCGGUACGUAAUUGAUGUCGAUGUAUAAAUGUCACAUGUCAAACUGUCACUGGGGAAAAUACAUACAGUAUGAAAGAGUAAAGACAGUACUAUUUAAAGACAGUAUAAUACAUGUUUAUAAUAUGUUUGGUCCUGCAAGGGUGACUAUUCAAGAUGAUUUUGCACCUUUUCUUACCCUUUCAGAUGUAAAGUACUAAAAUCUUUAUAAAAUUGGUGGGAUCAUAGAAGUUAUUUAUAAUUUAUUCUACUUGUAAUGUUAUUUUAUUUGGGUGAUUUCACAUUUGUGUUAGUACUGGUGUUUGGUGCUGUAUAAGAAGCACAUUAUACAGCACUGGAUUCAACCAUCAGUGUAAUAUUUUCCAUCUUGAGCUAACACUGAUGUGAAAGCACCCAUGGCCUCUGGUUUUUCAGCAAUACACCUCUUGUGCUCUCCGCCAUUAGGUUGCGCAAUCUAUUUAUUAAUGUGGUGUUAAAAGGUUUUGUUUUGUCUUUCAUGCACUUCCAUUCCUUUGCUUAAUGUUUGUAGCUGUGUGUAUAAUGUUACUUUGUUCUAAAGUAUUAUUAAAUUAACAAAGAUGCAAAAUUGUA